AUGCGUCGGACGUCACAGGCGGCGAGCAACGUCAUGGGUGGGGGCCUCCCCAUCCAUCGUGACACCACGCGCAAGCCGCGCCUCGUGACGGAGGUGGGGACGUGGUUGUACAAGAAGGAGACCAUGCAGAACUUCAGCAAAUGGUGCCGCGAGCGUCAGGUGCGGGCCUACGGAAACGUGAAGAUGACGUCGACGAUCCACUUCGCCCGGUGCCUGCGUGCCUCGAGGCCGAUCCUGCCGGGGCAGGCCAUCAUCACCAGUCCCCUCUCCGCGUGCUUCAACUUCUUGACGGUCGCGAAGGAGAUGUACGACUGUCCGUCUACAGCGUUUCCGUUGCAGCUGAACUGGAUGAACUACAACGAGCGCUUGCCCUUCAUGAGGAGCGCCUGCACGUACGAGUUCGCACAGGCUGGCUGGAUGACGCGCAUCGCCUCCCUCGAGGAAUCCGUGUACACGCCAUACGUGCAUUACCUCUUGGAGGACACGCGCGGCCGCGACGGCAUCUCGAACGGCAUGGGCAAGGAACGCGAGGAGGAGAGCGGCGUGCUGGACCACUAUCUGUCCGAGAUGGCGACAGACGCCUGCGAAGACCCGGAGGUGUUCCUGGAGAAUUUCUUUCGUGGGCUGGCGUGCGUGCACCUCCGCUCGCAACCGAUUGAGGCGGCCGCCGUGGAGGCAUUAGUGCCCGGCACGAACUUCUUCAAAGCCAAGUCGAGCGAGAUGUACGUCCCGACCCUCGUCCCCCUCGUCGAUGCCGUCCCGCAGCUGGAGAACGGGCCGCACAACACGGUUCUUGAGUACUACCCCUACACCGACGUGGCAACACUUCGGGCGCAAUGUGAAGAGCUGCAGAUCCCCUUCUUCGAGAAGGGCAAAGAGGAGCCGAUUGUGGCGCAGGAGACGCCAACGGCGCGAGGAGUCGCACAGCGGAUCAACGUGGAGAGCGAGUUGAUGGACCCCGCGCUUCUGGAGGGCGGCGGCUUUUUCGCCUUGCGCGCGCUAGAGCCGCUGGAUAUUGGCGACGUGCUGUACCUGCGUCGAUUUCCUGACGUGUGGAGUCGUGCCGGAGAGCGCAUGAUGGACGCGCAGGUGAUGGAGGCGAAUCGGCUGCUGUCGCGUGACGACGAAUGA